AUGGGCGACCUCAACAAGAAGAAUGAUCUCACCUCUUUCCUCAUCGACUUCCUGAUGGGUGGUGUCUCCGCCGCCGUCUCGAAGACCGCCGCUGCCCCCAUCGAGCGCGUCAAGCUGCUCAUCCAGAACCAGGAUGAGAUGCUCAAGACCGGCCGUCUGGCUGAGCCCUACAAGGGUAUCGGCGACUGCUUCAAGAAGGUCAUCGCUGAGGAGGGCUUCGGCUCUCUGUGGCGCGGUAACUUGGCCAACGUGCUCCGUUACUUCCCCACCCAGGCCCUGAACUUCGCCUUCAAGGAUCAGUUCAAGAGGAUGUUCGGUUACAACAAGGACCGCGAUGGCUACUGGAAGUGGUUCGCUGGCAACCUUGCCUCCGGUGGUGCCGCUGGUGCCUCUUCGCUGCUCUUCGUGUACUCGCUUGACUACGCCCGUACCCGUCUUGCCAACGACAACAAGUCGGCCAAGAAGGGCGGUGAGCGUCAGUUCAACGGUCUCUUCGACGUCUACAAGAAGACCCUCAAGUCGGACGGUAUCGUCGGUCUCUACCGCGGUUUCAACAUCUCGUGCGUCGGCAUCAUCGUCUACCGUGGUCUCUACUUCGGUCUCUACGAUUCGCUCAAGCCCGUGCUCCUCACCGGCUCGCUCAGCGAUUCGUUCUUCGCCUCGUUCCUCCUCGGUUGGGGUAUCACCAUCGGUGCCGGCCUGGCCUCGUACCCUCUCGACACCGUCCGUCGUCGCAUGAUGAUGACCUCUGGUGAGGCCGUCAAGUACAGGAGCUCUGCCCACGCUUUCUCCGAGAUCGUCAAGAAGGAGGGCGUCAAGUCGCUCUUCAAGGGCGCUGGUGCCAACAUCCUCCGCGCCGUUGCUGGCGCUGGUGUGCUCGCCGGUUACGACAAGCUUCAGGUCCUCGUCUUCGGCAAGACCUACGGUGCUGGCGGCGGCUAA